UUGCAGAUCAUAUUCAGUCAUCACAUCACAGCUGGACUUGGUCCUGAUUGGCUCCCCUUGAUAAAGAAAUAGUGAAACCCCCUGAAUCAGCAGGACUGUAGCCAUGGAUGUCAUCUCCUCACUGGUCUGCCCUCUCCUCCUCUUCUUCAUCCUCCUGUCCUCCCUCCCCUCCUGCUCCUCCUCCAUGCUGUGUCCGAAGCGGUGCACCUGCCAGAACCUGCUGCCAUCCUACACAGUGCUGUGUGCCAAGACGGGCCUCCUCUUCGUCCCGCCCAACAUCGACCGCCAGACAGCCGAGCUCAGGCUGAUGGACAACUUCAUCACAACGCUGAGGCACCGCGACUUCGCCAACAUGUCCAGCCUGAUCCAUCUGACCCUGAGCAGAAACACCAUCAGUCAAAUCCGGCCGUACGCCUUCGCUGACCUUCAGGACCUCCAUGCUCUCCAUCUGGAUGCCAACCGCCUCACCGUCCUGGACGACUCCCACUUCCAGGGCCUGGUGAACCUGCGGCACCUCAUCCUGGCCAACAACCAGCUGCACAGCAUAUCAGAGGGAGCCUUUCAGGAUUUCCUGGAGACUCUGGAGGACUUGGAUUUGAGCUACAACAACCUGGUGGACAUCCCCUGGGAGACCAUUGCCCUGCUGGUCAGCGUCAACACCCUCAGCCUUGAUCAUAACCUCAUAGAAAGCGUCCCUGAGGGAAUCUUCUCCAACCUGCACAAACUGGCCAGAUUGGACAUGACAUCCAACAAGCUAAAGAAGAUUCCUCCAGACCCAUUGUUCCUGCGGAUUCCCGUGUAUGCCAAGAUGAAGGGUUCUCCUCUCACGGCGCUGGUGUUAAGUUUCGGUGGGAACCCUCUGCAUUGUAACUGCGAGCUGGUCUGGCUCCGCAGACUGACCAGAGAGGACGACCUGGAGACCUGCGCUUCGCCCAAAGACCUGGCUGGCAAAUACUUCUGGACCAUUAGAGAGGAGGAGUUUGUGUGCGAGCCCCCAAUGAUAACUCGCCAUACCUCCAAGAUGUUUGUGAUGGAGGGUCAGGAGGUCAGCCUGCGCUGUAAAUCCAUUGGAGAUCCUGAGCCCUCGACACAUUGGGUCAGUCCUGAUGGAAAGCUGAUUGGCAACACAUCGAGAACCAUCUGCUACGAGAACGGCUCGCUUGACAUCCUAAAGGCAUCCGUUAAGGAUUCUGGAAAGUUUACGUGCAUAGCAUCUAAUGCAGCUGGGGAGGCCACUGCUCCUGUUGAGUUAGUCGUCAACCCUUCGCCACACUUUGACCCCAAACUGGACCCCGACCCAGGGCCUUCAGACAUCCCCACAUCCAUCAAAUCCAAUGCCAGCGGAGGUCAGGCCCGGUACGACCAGCAGAGGGUCAGUGUGUCGGAUCUAACAUCCAGUUCUGCUACCAUUCGAUGGCCCCCGCAGAACCACAUACCCGGAGUCCGCAUGUACCAGAUCCAGUACAACAGCUCCACAGACGAUAUCCUCAUAUACAGGAUGAUCCCAGCCAACCACAAAUACUUCCUACUGAGCGACCUGGCAUCAUCGCGGGACUACGAGCUGUGCGUUUUGGCCGUCUAUGACGACGGCAUCACCGCCCUUACAGGCACCAAGCUGGUGGGCUGCGUGUCCUUCAGCACCGAGACAGAGUACGGACGCUGUCACUCGAUACGAGAUCAGUUCCUGGGAGGUACCAUGAUCAUCAUCAUCGGGGGGAUCAUCGUGGCCUCUGUCCUAGUCUUCAUCUUCAUCCUUCUGAUGAAGUACAAGCUGCACAGUAACCACUACAAACAGAAAGCUGCCGCACGCCAUGCUAACGUCUGCUCCCAGACCAACGGAGGAGGGGGAGGGGGAGCCAACGUCCUCGCUGUGCCUCCGUCCUCCUCCUCUGCAGGGCAGGGUGGAGGUGUUAAUAAAAACUCCCAGCCAUCAUCGUCGGCGGAAGGGAUGGGAGGAGCUUCUCUUCGAGGGACGACUGUAGUGGACUUAAAUCCCACCCAUGACGAUGAUGCCAUCUCCCAAUAACACACAAGAAACUGUCAGUCACACCCACAACUCACCAAUCUCUGAGCCCAAACCAAUACUCCACCUCCCUCCCCCUUUUUUUAUUUCUUUUGUUGCUGGUGCCUGGAGCCAAACUCCACUUUACUCCGAGGAGCGGCUCCUGUUAUUGUUCAAUGGAUGGAGUGUGACACAGACUAUGUCUAGAUUUACUUACAUUCAGCUUCACGGCGCUGAAGGGAGAGGAGGAGGGGAGGUGCCCCAGUGAAUUGCAUGGUCACAUUCUCCUAAUGAGCCCCGAUGAUCAAGUGUUUGACCCAGAGACACAGCCACCUCACGCCUGAGGUCACCUCACUCAAGAACCAGAAGGGAUGCGAUGUGAACAUUCUGUGGGCAGUCAGAGGAGAAUAAACAGCCUUCCUGUUGACAUGCAGGACGUUUGAAUCAGACAUGUUGGAUACAGGUUAGGCUCUGGAUGUUGAACUCUGCUCAUGUUCGGUGCUUAACUGGGGCUUGAAACCUUGGAUCAGAAGAACUGGAGUGAACAUGGUCUUGAAUCUCUUCUUCUUUUCUGAAGGAAAUAUCCAAUGAUCAGACGGGGCUCUAAAGGGUGUCGUGUGGAUUUAACCUCUGCAUUUGACAGUUAGAAUCCACCCUCAAUGCUGCUCUGGGAAUUCACUGAACGGAUUACUGAAAAAACCCUUUUAUGACAUUUUUCCAGGAUCUCCUAGAUUGUGGUUCCUCUAGGAUUCGGUGGCACCGCUCCUCUCUUUCCCCAGCAUACAGUCAUAUGCCAAAGGAUUACUACAGUAUUAUGACAGCAUUACUACAAUAUCGGGAGAAUAUGCAGAUUUCCAAAAGCACACCGCUCUAUUAUCUCUUAGCAGUCAAAGAGAAAAUUCAUGUUGGGCCUUGGAUUGAAAAUACGAGCACAUUGUCAACGUCUUGUCUCAAAGCAUCAGUAAUAACAAACUGUCAAACUAAACGGUGAACUUCUCUGGCACUUUAAUCGUAUGUCUUCACCUUCCCUCUCUCUCUAUCUCUCUUUCUCUGUCUCUCUCACUCUCUCUCUUUCUCUCACUUUCAUGAACAACUGAAUAGUAUACUCUCCAGUAUUACCAAUCUAACUCUUCUGGCUGCGAAUGACUCAGAAAAUGUUGAAAUAAUCAGUGUGUUUGCGUUCAUGGUGGAUUGGUUCUCUCUAUGUCAGAGUAUUAAUAAAAAAUAAAAACCUUGGCAUCCCAAGAAUGGAGCCUUGAGGAACUCCUGUGAGGAUUUAUUCAAAGCCAAACUUCAAGCACAGACGUCCAGCUCUACGUUUGAUGGUGAAUUCUGAUGUUCCGUUUGACACUGGAAAGUAACUGUACCUGUACGAAACACUGGUGAACUUGACCAUUGGUGUUCCUAUUACUAAAAGCUGGCACUUGAGAUAGUUAAAUGUAUUAAGCGGUUUUAAAAGAUGGCCAGCAGAACUUGCGCUGUCCCAUCCCCUCCCUCCCUCCCUUGCUCCCCCUUUGCCGUUUGACAGUGUCUGUGUUUGUAUGUGACAUACACCUUACAGUCUUCGAUGGUUUGAUACCCAUGAUUUACUUUGAAUAUAACGAAACAAAUGACCACAACAAGGAGAAAAAAAAACACAACAACAUGCGAAAUGGGGAUUUUAUGCUUUCAUAGAUACAAUUAUGUGGAUUUAUAAUGAAAUAAAAAGGUAU